AUGGCAUCGUCUCACAGCGAAGUGGAGAAGAACCUCAAGUGCUCCAUCUGUUCGGAGUUCUUCACUGAUCCGGUGGUUCUUUCAUGUUCUCACAGUUUCUGUACAACUUGUAUCAACAGGAACUGGUCUGAAAGGGGAGCGAGGGAAUGUCCUCUUUGCAGAAAAAAAAGUAAACACGCUCCUUGCAAAAGCCUGGCCAUCAAGGAGAUAUCUGAGGCAGUCAUGAAGAAACGCAGGAUUUUUAAUGAAGGAGAGGUGUGUGGGGUCCACGGUGAGAAGUAUGAGCUCUUUUGUACUUUUGAUCAGAAGUUGGUGUGUUUGAGAUGUGUAUCUGACCAACAUCAAGAUCACAACUUCUGCUCCAUCAGCAAAGCUGCCGAGGAUCACAGGAAUAAGCUUCGACAACCACUGCUUGAACUUCAGGCCAAACUGACAGAACUGAAUUCUAAAGCUUCGUCUCCUCACAUGUUGACGGUCCUCCACAAACAGACCCUGGAAAUCGAGAGGCAGAUGAGACAUAAUUUUUACAAGCUUCGUCAGUUCCUCCUGGAGGAAGAAAAUGUUAGAAUAGCUGCACUGAAGAAUGAAGAGCAGGAGAAACGAGGCAGUAUAAAGGAAAAGAUGAAAGAGUCAUCUUCUUCUCUGUCUGAGCGAAUACGUAAAAUCAAAGAAGACAUGAAAGGAAACGAAACUUUAUUCUUACAUAACUUCAGAGAUAUAGAGAACAGAGCUAAGCUAGCAGUACAAGAUCUACAAACCGAUUCAGGAUCCAUGAUGGAUGCAGCCAAACAUUUGGGCAACCUGAAAUUCAACGUGUGGGAGAAGAUGAAGGGCGUCUGUCCUUACUAUUCAGUCAUUCUGGACCAAAACACCAAAAUUCCUUCCCUUGAUGUACAUCCGAAUUUAGCUAGCAUUUCAUGUUGGCCACUGGCCUGUUUAAGCUUCUCCGAGGGAACUCGCUGGCAUAUCCUGGGCUCAGAGGGGUUUGACUCAGGAGUCCACAGCUGGCAGGUGGAGGUUGAAGGCUGGAGCCACUGUCGCCAACAAAGGUUGCUGUGA